GGAUCAUGAUCAGAUCUAUUUCAUGGUUUCAGCUUGAACUUUGGAAAGAUUCUCUGCUCCUCACUUUCCUCCUACAGUUAUUUUUGGUAUUGGUUUAGUGGUGCAGUUCUAUCAGUGCCAUCAUACAGGGGCCUUAGUCAAUCCGCACAUGCUUCCGGACCAAACUUCUACACUUUCCUUCAGAACCAUCUCCAACCUUCGCAACCACGCAAUCUGCUCCUGGCUUACGACAGCUUCUCGAUACCAUCAACAGACCGAGCGAACUGAAUACAGCAUUCAUCAUGGCUCCUCUGACGCCGGCAGACAGCGAGAAACACCAGCAGCUUCUGGACCGCCUCGACAUCGCGCACGUCCAACGCCCAUUCCGCAACCCACACUGGAAGCCCUCCCAACGCCGCAACAAGAACGUCAAGCAGCUUAUUUCUGAAAGCUCACGAAAGGAGGCCUCAGUGAUGGCCACGCAGACCAACUCCGGGGCCUCCACGCCGCUCCCCGCCAGCACCGAUGGCAGCCAGACCCCUGCCGAGGGCGGUUCACGAACCAAUAUCGCGCAAGCCGCGCAGAACCUCUCCACGCUGGUGCUGGAAAAGAACGCUCGCGCAGCCUUUUCGGGUCCAACCGUGACCUACACCAACAUCGAGUCGGCCCCUUCGCUGAACCCCUCCCAGCAGACCCGAUACUGCGACAUCACCGGGCUGCCGGCCCCAUACACGGAUCCCAAGACGAGAUUACGCUACCAUGACAAGGAAGUUUUCGGCGUGGUCCGCACGCUGGGCCAGGGGGUCCCAGAGAGUUAUCUGGAACUGAGGGCCGCGCACGUCGUGCUCAAAUGAGGUGACAACUUACGAUGGUUACGAAAUGUUCGAUUCUAGGCGCAAUGGUUCUCUUCUAGUAUGGGAUAUAAUAAUGUACGACCAACACAGUCAAGCGAUUCCACCCACCUGCCCCUCUCGAGACAGGUUCAAGG